ACACCUUCACACCUGUGCAAAGGCACUCCUUUCCCAGGACACGGAGAUCGUUGAGAAAAGUAGACUAGACUAGAGAAUUAACUGGAAAUUUGUAGCCGUUUUGUAGUGGACUCUUGUUUUGUUUGCCUGUUUAUUUGUUGUUGUUGAUUUUUUUUUAUAGUGGGUGUUAUAUACUGCUUUUGUGUAAGUUUCCAAACGUAGUGGCAAUUCAAUACAGAGGACAGAGGACUUCAGUAUAUUUUGUGACACAUAACACGGGAUGAAGAUGUGGUCUGUGGGUGUCCUCAUUCUCCUGUUGUUCUGCUAUGCUUGCCUUUCGAUUGAGAGUGGAAAUGGGAGAGUACGUUUCAUCUCCAAAAACUUUAACAAUACACUACACUGGGAGGCUGUGGAACCUGCCUAUCCAGGAGAAGAGAUGCUAUAUAGUGUCCAAUACUGGAGUGACGCAACAGGGCAGUACCAGAUAAAAGAGGAGUGUCAAAACAUUACUGAUCUGUUGUGUGACCUGACUGCAGAGACCCCGUCACUUCCUGAUCUUUAUUACCAUGCCCGGGUAUCCGUUAAUGGUCACUUGCUUGGCCGCACCGACUUCAGGUUUAGUCCUCUAGAACACACCGUUCUUGGUCAACCCACCUUGUUGACACACACAACUGGGUCAUCCCUGUAUGUUAAUGUCACGCUGCCGUUGGGGCCAAAAGGAGCCUCCAUUGCAGACAUCAUCAGCAACAGCAAACAUGGUUAUUCAAAAACUGCUGUUGUUUAUACUUUAAAGAUCACUAAACCACACUGGGCUGCAUUGGUCAAUAAAACCACCACUGGAAGGUUCGUCAUCAAUUUGAAAAACAACAAAACUCAGUACUGCGGCUUUGUGGUCUACAGGCCUAUUUCUGAAUGGGGUCGCAAAGAGAGUGAGAAUGCCUCCUUCUGUAUCACAUUCCCAGACAAUCAUCAGAUGAUUUUAACAUGGCUUUUCGCAAGUGCUGGUCUUCUGGUGGCCAUAAUCACAAUGUCUGUCGUGUGGAUGUGCAACUACGUGAGGGGUGGAAAGAAAACCAUAUUGCCACCUUCAUUGGAAACCAACUUUGGCAACUCAUGUAAGGUGCAAUCUCCAGACCGCUGUAUCACUUCUAUACCAGUGGUCAGCACUGCGAAUGAACCAACAGUUUACGCCACAAUCCAGGUGAAGCCAAAUGUGUCUGUUGUGAGGUGUGGAGGUUAUUCGCCCCAGGAAAUCCCAAGCCAAGCCUGGCAAGGCAACACUGGGUCUUCUGUGGACACUCUUGUCAACAGUCUAAUGCCACAACUCCUGGAUGUGAGUGCCCAGUCCUCUGAAAUCUACAGUGCAGUGGCUGCCCAUGUACCUGCAGAAGGGAAUGAAGAUGUUCAGCAGCCUACCAUGGAAGCCAGAGACAUGUGUACCAUACCAUUGCCUUGCAGUACAAAGCUGAUAGUAGCUGGAGUACCACCUUCACCAGAUGUGGAUGACUGUGACAGCAAUUCAGACGGGCCUUUGCUGUUGCACACAGUGCUUGACACCAAUGGACAACUCACAUUGCCUUCUCUCACUAUGUUACAGAGGAGCAUAGACAACAUGGCCCCACCUCUUUUAUCAGACGUCAUAACUUUUAACAUGGAGACGCCAUUUUUAGCAUCAUUUCAGAGGUUCGACAGCUCUGAGUGGUCAGACUCUGGAUGUGAUGAUAGCAGUGUAAACACAGCAACCCAACAAUACUGCAACACCCAUUAUUUCCCAUCUCAACCAGUUUCUCCUUAUUCUCACCAGCCAUGUCAGCUCACACAAUGUAGCAUUCCCAAUUUUGAAUCAGGUUACAAACAAAACUGGAUGCCCGCAAUACUUCUUCAAAGCGCAUCCAAAGACGGUUGUGAAUACAUAAGGACAAACAAUCAUUGAACCUGGACUGGUACCAAAAAGGAGGAGGAAGGAGGAGAUAUAUACAGAAGAGAGGAGCGAUCAAAGAAAAUUGCUCUGGGGAAUUCAAGAAUGGUUCCUCACUUCAUAAUCUCUGUAAGCCUUUUCCUCAUAUUGGUUUGUAGAUAAACAAAUGUUUUCAUUGCAGUGACCUUUUUUUAAAAAAGAAAAAAAAAAAAAAGACGACAUUAAUGAGCAUUUAAGAUUGGAUGCUUUAGUGACUGCAGAACCUAAAUCUUCAUUGUUUUAAUAUAACUUAUUUUUAACAGACACGAAAUAGCUGAAAAAUGUAAAUGUUAAAUUAUUUUAUUAAUUCUAUUUUUUCCUGGAUUUAACCUCUUCAUGCGAUAUGCAAAGGGAAUAUAGCUAUACUGUAUUGUUUUCAAAUCCCUGAACCCUCACAUUUUCAUACAAGUAAUUUUACAUGGACAGUAUUUGUUACAUUGCCAUUAAAGUAAAAGUGUGUUCAGAUGAGUUAAAUUAGAAUUGUUUACAUAAUCCUAAAAUCCCAUGUCAGUGUGUUGCAUUUUCUUUUUGUACUGUGCAGCCAUCUUAAAUUUAAAUUAUGCUAUGACUGUCACUCAAAUCUAACCCUUUUUGCAAAAAUUACUUUCAUGCACUCCGGAAGUUUUCCCAACUACACUGUAAGGCAGUACAAAUGCUGCCAAUGCUGUGUUCAAAUGUGAAAAAAGCAGUUUUGUUAUUUUGUUAAGCUAUGGCAAAUUCACCAGUCUGCUUGUGGUACUUGGCUGAAAAAAACCUCUGCAUCACUAGUGACUGCACAGACUCAUGAGGUAAAUUGCCUUGUUUUGUUUCAAACAAUAGCCCAAUCUCUUCAAACACAGUGAGCAUGUGUAUUUGUGUGCUAUCAAAUAGGAUGACAAACUAUUGCAACUUAUUACACUCCUUAAAUACACAAACCCAGCCUGGUCCCUUUUAAAUUACAGUGUGGGCAAUCAGCCUUACAGCAAAUAUUAAAAUAAAUCUGAUUACCUUGCAACUGAACAAAGCGUAGAGAUAAUCCAACUCUAUGGUCACAUUCAAACAAAUUGAAAUAAUAAAUCAUUGAAUAAUAGGAGUGUCACGAUUUUCCAAAUCGGAAAAUCAAUUUUAAGGUCACGAUUCAAUUUGAUUCUCAAUCUUUUUUCGCACUUUUAGCGCAGGUGGUUCUGAUGUCUUUAGUCUUUAGUCUAGUUUAGUCUAGGAUCAUUGGUUUCAUGUCAUAUUCCCAUUUUGAUUGUCUACAUGGUGUCAUGACUGAUAAAUUGUCCAUCAUUUGUUUGCAGUGU